AGAAGUAGAAAAACUUCCACCCUCAAAGCGGCACACAGGCGCACAUACAGACAAUCGUACAAACACACAGCGAACUAAUACAAACAUGUUAAACUAAACAGGAGAGACAGUAAAAAGUGAGAAUAGUGUUAACCCCCGGACAAACUAUAAACUAUAAACCUUAAAAAAAGUGAAGAGAGGGGGUGUCGUGGCCUCCCAACCGAUAUACCCUGCACUGCCCCUGGGCACUGUCACUGUCAUUUGCGUCGCAGCGCUGCCGCUGUCCGCGUCCGCGUCGCUUUGCCUGGCCCAGUGUUUCCGCUUUCUUUCGCCUCGUUGUAAUGUUACUUUUAGUUUGAUGUCGGAGCCUCGACGAGCCGGUCGUAAGCGAAAUCGUAAGCGAGACUUUAGUGCGAUUCCGCUCCGUUCCGCCGGGGUGUGUGUGCGUGUUUGUGUUGCGAGUUUAGUUCGAGAAUCAUCAGAAUCCAGCGGCGAGAAUCGAGAAUCGAAACCGAAAGUGGUUCUCCGCGUGUGCGAGUGUGAGUGAGUGUGUUGUGUUUGGGCCCGCUUUUCUGCUUUUCUACCCCCGAAAAAGCAAAGCACAGCAUAAAACUGUGCGCUCGUACGCGCGCCAGUGUGUGUGUGUGUUUAUGGCGAGUGCUAGUGUGUGAGAGUGGCAAGGGAAAAAGGAGGCAAAGAAAAGAAAACCAACCCCCACCAGCGGCGGCGAAGAACAGGAAAACAACAACAGAAAGCACACCACCAGUACCAUCACCACCACCCACUCUUCGUCAUCGUUUCGCGGUGUGCAGAAAUACAAAAAAACGAUCGAGUAUAGUGCUAAAACCGACUUUGAGGAUUAUCUUUCCAAACAAAAAAGGGCCCCUCGAGGCCCUCCAGUAACAGCCGCAACCCCCCGAUCCCGAUCCUGACAUGAUGAACUUCUCCGCGUUCGGCGGCCCCUUCUCCGGCAUCCACCAGUUUGCCGCUAAAUUCGACGCCCAGACGCCCGGCGCCUUCGGCACGCCCCCCUCGGCCGCGGCGAAUGCAGCAGCCGCAGCGGCAGCGGCCGGCACCGAUAACCAUGUGCAGCGCUAUCAGACCAAUGGCAAUCACUUUAAUCAGAAUGUGCCCAACGUUUCGGCUGCCAACAACAUGCAAUAUGGCCAGAAUAUAUCCAUACCGUACUCACAGCCGCAGGGUGAUCUGAAUUUUCUAAAUGCAGCCGCUGCGGCCGAUCAUAAGGGUAAAAUCCAUCCAAAAAUCGAACGUGACCGGGAAGAAGUUCUCAACCAGCAGAUCCUGCAGAAUGUGAACCAAUCCUGGCAGACGCUCGCCAACACGGCCAACACGGUGGACUACUCGUCGCACCUGCUCUCCGCCACACUGCCCAUCUCCAUACAGCACUUCCUCAAGUACUCGGAGACCAUUAAGAAGGAGUCCACCGGGGAUGUCCUCAAGAAUGGCACCAAUCUGGCCAGCCUGGCGCUGGGGGGCGUGGCCCUGACGCCCAGCAACAAUGGGGCGAACGGCGGCCACCACAACGGACUGGUGGGCAUGGACCACGGCGGUCACAUGACCAACAUGACGGACGCCAACGGAGCGGCGCUAACGAACGGCGGCGCCAGCAAUGGGGUGAACGGAAACGCCAACGGGGCGGUAACCAAUGGUGGCGCAGGCGCUGUGUCCAGUUCCGGAUCCGUGGGCACCACGAACGCCAGCGGCGGCACGGGCACGGCCACCGGCAAGAAGACCAAAAAGAAGAAACCACCAAAGGAGAAGAAGCCACGCCCCAAGCCCGGCGAGAUCCGCGAGACGAAGGCGCUGGACGGCUCGACGCUCUACUGCUGCCCGGAGUGCCAGAUGGCCUAUCCGGACCGCAGCCUCAUCGAGCAGCACGUCAUCUCGCACGCCGUGGAGCGGCGCUUCGUCUGCGACAUCUGCAAUGCGGCGCUGAAGAGGAAGGACCACCUGACCAGGCACAAGCUAUCCCACAUACCGGACAGGCCGCACGUUUGCAAUAUCUGCAUGAAGUCCUUCAAGCGCAAGGAGCAGCUUACUCUGCACAUUGUCAUCCAUUCCGGCGAGAAGAAGCACGUGUGCAUUGAGUGUGGAAAAGGUUUCUAUCGCAAGGAUCACUUGCGCAAGCACACACGCUCCCACAUCGCCCGACGGGUCAAGUCGGAGGUGUCGGCGCAAAUUGUGAACGGAUCCGCCGGAGGUGGCGGCGGUGGUGGCGGCGGCAACAGUGCGCAGAGCAACGCGCUGCACGGCUCCUGAGGAUCGUACAAGGACUUCUGGUAAACUCCCAGACGAAUUUCAAGCCAUAAGGGGCGGCUGGACUGCUGGCGGCGGUGGGCGGGGAUCCGUAUACGGAUCGGACUGCCUGUGGCCGGGAGCAGUCGAGCUGCCUUUGAAAUUCGCUGGGAGCUUACUGGGGGUCCUGCUGAGCGUCACCCAACUCCAAUUACAAUAACCCUCAAUAAACACGAGUUAUACUUACUGGAUGCAAGUAUUAGUACGAUUUUGUUCACGACACUUUCAGUUCUUUAGCUUUAGUUCUUUCAGUUGAGAUUUUCGCACAAACAGUCAAGCAAAGUAUAGCAAUCGAAAUGUACAAAUCAGCAGAAUGACAGAUUUAAAUUCGAGUUUAGUAUGCGCAUAUGUUAAGGGAAGAUAACGCCGCUUGAACGUCGCUUUCGUUUAUUUUUGGGGAUCUGUGAUCUGUAGUCGCUGCAUAAACAAAAAAGCAAACGAGACGAUCGUAGGCGGUCGAAAGCUGUUCUAAGAAUAAGUUAAUAUGCCUGCAACCGAUUUACUAUAUAUGUGUGCAAUUUAUAAUCCUUUUGAUUUGCCUUUUUGUUGCCAUCACGGCGCUUUUGUUCACUACAUUAAAUGAUAAAUGUGUUUCCCCUGAGACCUCAGGGGAGAUUCUUAUUGAAUUGUGCACAUUUUAAGGAAGUAAGAAGCUCUACAAGCGAAAUUUGUACUUCUAGUCUUGUAUUUUAUUUUACCGAUAGGCAUAGAGGGAAACCCGAAUCGAGGUCAUGUAAUCUUAAGCUUUUAAACUUGAAUGUUCAAAGGAAAACCUUCGACGCGAGUCACACCAAACACUAGACAGAAAGCCGCAAUACGAACUUGCAUCUUGGCAUGCCCAACUUCCAACCAUCGUCAUUGCUUGCAACUGCAAUAACCAACAGUACACCUAUAUCCAGCUUACCAAUCAAUACCGAUAAUGAUAACUGAUAACCACAAAUAGCGUUAAGAGCCACAUAUACAGCAGCAAAAGCCACAGGAUCACAGAUAGCACGGGUCAACAAUCGAAGA